AUGUUCACUACGCUCAUGGUGUUGGAGCUAGCCCUUGGCACGGGGCUAGCUGCACCUGUGGUCGAGGACUUACACCUUCUGCAGCGACGUGCCGGGAAGCUGAGCACAGAGCUGAUCGCAGAGGUCGUGCCCCAAGGCCUAGUUGCGGCCGACCAGCUUGACGUGAAAGCAGUCGAGGCAGCUCACGAAGAGGCCACACAUGUGACCACACCGUGCCAAAGCAAAGAGAAUUGCUCGCAGUGCAUUGUGGCAACAGUCCUCGACGUGUUUGACGUGCUGCAGAGCACCUCAGACCUCUCACCCAUGAACGCGAAAGUGGACAAGGCCUUGACUGCUUUGGUGUCUAUGGUGCUGGUGCCUCAGCCAACUGCGGUGGUCACUGCUGCGCUUGAAGAUGCGCAAGUGCGGGCGAUCAAGAAGCCAUUGUGGCACUACCUGUCCGAGGCGGAGUACGAGAUGGAAAGUUGGUGGGCUCGCAGCCGGGUUAGAGGCAACGCGAGGGAAACGCCACACCAUUCUGAAGGCUUUUGA